CUCGUGCUCAUCGUGCUGCCGCUGCGCCCGGCAGCCCCCAUAAGGCGGCGCCGUCUCCGCUGCUCUGCCUGCCACUCCCACCAGCAUCGCAUCCUCCUUACUCCUCUCACUCCGCACCCUCCGCGCUCGCCGCUCGUCUCGCCGCUGACCUCGACGCCCAGCAUGGACGCGCACGCCAGCUCCUCCACCUCGUCGGCGGGCGCCGCGCUCGCGCCGCCGGCGCCGGGCAGCGCCAGCAGCAGCCGCAGCAACAGCGCGCAGGGCAGCAGCUACGUGCUGCGCCGGGCGCCCUCGCCGCGCCUCGCCAGCGGCAGCACCAGCCCGGCGGCGAGCGAGAGCGAGCGCGCCGAGAUGCAGCGCCGGCGCGCCAGCAACGAGAAGAAGGAGCGCGCCAUCGACCGUCUGAAGGAGUGCGACGAGCACCUCGCCUCGCUCCUCUCGCAGGCUGCCGGCUCGCUCUCCACGCUCGUCUCCGUCGCGUCCGACAUCGACCGGCGCACCGCCCAGACGACGCAGCAGCUCGGCGACGACGGCGCAGAGGACGACAUCCUCUCCGUCGGCACGGGCGCCGAGCGGGUCCGUGCCUUCGAGGCAAAGGCCACGGAGUGGUUCGCGACGUUGAACGACGUGCAGUCCUCUCUGCGCACCGCCGUCGCCACGCUGCGCGCCGACUCUCGCAGUGCCCUCUCCGCCGCUGCGCCGCUCAACUCCUACGUCGCCCGCGUGGAGGCCGGCUCGGCCACGCGUGGUCACGACGUCGGGCUGCGCGACGCCUUUGGCGCCCGCGCCUCUACGUCGGCAUCGGGCGAUGCCGAGCUCUCGCUGGGCGCCCUGCGCCUGCAGCACCGCUCCUGGACAGAGCUCAACGGCGCCCUGGCGCAGCUCGCCGAGGACAUGCCGCCGGGCACGGGCAUGACGCGUGACGCUGCCGCCCAGGCUGCCGGCACGACCCGGCCGCCGCUGCACUCGUUCGACAGCUCCACCAGCAUCGCCACGGUGCGGCCACUGGCCUCGUCCAUCAGCUCGGCGCACGACCUGGCCGAGGGCGGCGCCAAGCUGCUGAGCCGCAAGCAGAACGAGGACGCCCGCCUGAUCGGUGCCCUCUUCGGCUUCGGCCUGCCGCCGCGCGACAACAGCAGCAGCACGCGUGCGCCGCGACGCUCGAGCCACGGCGACCGUCGUCGCUCCUCGCCGCGCGCCUCAUCGCAGCCGCUAGCACCCGCCGCUGCCGCUGCCGUCGCUGCCGAGACCACGCCGCCGGCUGCCGGUGCGCCCUCGUCGCCGCUCGUCGAGGCCGAGCAGACGACGGCUGCCUGACAGGACGCGCAGCGGCGCCUUUGCUGCGUCGGCUCCCUGCGUUCCUCUGCGCCUCCACGCGCCCACUCGCGCCAUCAUGCUCGGCGACGUCUCGCCUCUCGACGUCAGUGCCUUGCACCCUCCAUACUCGGACCCACCACCCGAAGCCCACAGCGAGCCACUCCUCGCGUCCAUCUGCGGCUUCUCCGCACCUCAGCCCAGCCCAUCGCGCCCGACCAAGCGCACCUCAGCAUCCUUCCACAUGCACCCUACACACCACACAGCGGCGUCUCUUCUGCCCACUGCAUUCGCUCAGCAUCCCACACAUGCGCUCUUCGCGCUCGUUUCUUCCUCCUCUCGCACUCUGAUGCGCACCUCAUCUGUCACACCCGUCCCGUCUCAUCCAAGCUCGCGGUCAUUAAUGCAUUUUUCUCGUCGUAUCCG